AUGGCAUAUGAAUUAAAAUCCAAAGGCAAUGAGCGUUUCAAGGAUGGUGACUUCGCCGGGGCUGAGGACUUUUACUCCCAAGCCAUCCAGAAAAACCCCAACGAUCCUUCUUUCUUCAAUAACCGCGCCCUUGUUCGAAUCAAGCUCGAACAGUGGGAGGGCGCCGAACACGAUGCGCGCAUCGCCAUAGAUCUCUUCGGCCCAAAGAACUCCACGGCUAUCAAAUCAAACUACUACCUUUCCCAAGCCCUUCUCGGACUGCAGCGACCAGCUGAAGCACUCGACGUGGCCUUAGCAGCGUACAAAGCGAGCAUAGAAAUCAAGAACCCUAAUGCGGAACCAUUGUCGAGGGUCAUACUGCGCGCCAAGCAAGCUAUAUGGGCGGCAAGCGAGACGACGCGAUUGCGGAAUCAAGAUGAGACGCUGAGGAAAUGGGAGGAGCUGCUUCAAGCGGAUUAUGAAAAGGAGCUAAGUGAAUUGCGCGCAAGCUUAGCGGUGGGUGAGAUUGGGCAGAUUGGAUUUGAAGAGGAUAAGAAGGAUUUGUUGGACGAGAUGCAGAGGAGGUUGGGUAUUAUGAGGAAUAUGUUUGCUGCUUCGAAGGGCGCAGAUAUGAAAGAACGGGUCGUCCCUGAUUAUCUCAUAGACAGCAUCUCCUUUGAGAUAAUGCAUGAUCCUGUCGUCACCCCAUCGGGCCACUCUUUCGAACGCACCAGCCUCCUAAAACAUAUGCAACACUCCCCCUUCGACCCCAUUACCCGUGUACCCAUGACCAUCCACGACAUUCGCCCAAACUAUGCCCUGAAAGCAGCUUGUGAUGAUUUCUUAACCAAAAACGGCUGGGCCGUUGAUUGGUGAGCGUGACUCACGUUGAAACGCAUUUUCCUCUCUUUCCUUUUGCUUUUCGUUUUAAUUGCAUGAUAUCAUAUUCUUUAACAUUGAUAUGAUACAUAGACUCGCUUCCUUUCUUAUUCUCUUUUGCGGUAAAAGUCCAAGUACGGGGGAUCCCAUUUUUCGGAUUCAUGCAUCACCAUUGCUGAUCAUCGAAUUUUACAACGUCAAGCGUUUCCUCUUUUAUUCCUAAAUUUAAACAUCUUUUACUUUAUUUUGUUUCCUUCCUAUAUGCUUCAUGCUCUACGAAUUUAACCAUCCUACUGGUUUUUCCUAUAUUUAUUUUUGGCAAAAGUCUGCUUGCUCUGUAUCCUGCAAGCGUUUUUAUGCAUCGUUCGUUGUAUAAUGAUCCACUUUGUUUUGAUAUUCCUAUAGUGCGCGGCGUUUCAGCUAUAACCUCCCAGACAUUUUGUCCUUUUCUUUUCUGAUUCUACUUCUCAUGCAUUAUGAAAUAAAGUUACCU